GCUGGAUUCGAAAGUCGACAGAAAUUCAGCGAUAGCUGCGAGAGUGUUUGAAGUGUUACAAGUCUCCUCAAGUUUCAAAACGAAUUUAAAAUCAAGAUGAAGAUCACAUUGGUUCUCGUUCUUGCCUUCGCAUGUCUGGCUUUCGGUGCACCUGUAGCCGAGGAUAAAACUGCCGUUGAAACCGAGAAGGUCGAGGCUGAUCCCGUUGAAAACCAGGUCGCUGAUGAAACUGCCGUUGCUACCCCCGUGCAACAGGAUGAAACCGACAGCAUUACCGACGAAGUAAAAGAUGAACCCGAGGAAGCCGAAGACGACCUCGAGGAUGCUCUUCCAGAAGACGAAGAAUUCCAAGACUUCGUAGAAGACCCAACUGAUGCUGAAGAUGAAGCUGAUGAGCCAGAAGAGGACUCCGACGAGACUGAAAAUGAUGAGUCUGAUGAGGAGAGCCCAGAGGAGACUUCAGAAGAUGCCCCAGUUGAAGAAGAAUCUGAUGACACUUCUGAAGAUGCCCCAGUUGAAGAAGAGUCUGAUGACACUUCUGAAGAUGCCCCAGCUGAAAAUGAAGAUGAAGAUGAGUCUGUAGAGACUUCAGAAGACGCCCCAGCUGAAGAGACUUCAGAAGAUGCCCCAGCUGAAGACACAACUGAGGAGAAAUCAGAAGAUGCCCCCAAAACUGAGGAUGCCCCAGUAGAAGACAAAACUGAGGAGACAUCUGAAGACAAAACUGAGGACAAAUCUGAAGACACCCCAGCUGAAGACAAAACUGAGGAGACAUCUGAAGACAAAACUGAGGACAAAUCUGAAGACACCCCAGCUGAAGACACAACUGAGGACAAAUCUGAAGACACCCCAGCUGAAGAUGCCCCAGCUGAAGAUACAACUGAGGAGGCCGAAGACACCCCAGCUGAAGACAAAACUGAGGAGGAUGAAGACACCCCAGCUGAAGACACCCCAGCUGAAGACACCCCAGCUGAAGACACAACUGAGGAGGCAGAAGACACCCCAGCUGAAGACUCUGAGGAAGAAUCAGAUGCCCCAGCUGAAGACUCUGAGGAAGAAUCAGAUGCCCCAGCUGAAGACUCUGAGGAAGAAUCAGAAGAUGCCCCAUGGGAUGAAGCUUAAAUUCAACUUGUACCUCAGCUUGGACUGAUAUUACAAUUCCUUUUAUUUGUUACUGUUUACUUGAAUUCCAAGUUUACUUUAGCACAUUUAAUUUCCAUUUUAUGAAGCAUGAAGAAAAA